GGCUGCAUCUUCAUCAGAACAGGUGAUCCCUCAGAAACCAAAGAGUGAUGUGGAUGAUCAAGCUCCAGCAAGGAACCAAGAUAUUGAUAACCUCGUCAAAGUGAACCCAAGUUCUUUCACAAGUGACAAAGAAGAUGAGGACCUUGAUGAUCACACUGAAGUAAAAUCUGCUGAUGACCAAAGUAAAAACCGGAUAACUGAGCAAGCAGAUGAAAAGCUUCCAAGGGCUCCAAAUAAUGUCCCAGAAACAAACUACUCCAGUGACAGUGAAAGACAGACCAGCAACUCAUCAUACCAUGCCUAUGAAGAAAAUUUAACUGGAAAUACUAUCAAAACUGUUUACUCUACUUCUGAUCGGAGUAUAAUUGGAAAAGAUAUAUGUACAUACUGCAGGAAGCCCUUGGGCAUAGAUGCCAAAAUGAUCUUAGAUGCCUUGCAAAUUUGCUGUCAUUCAACCUGCUUCAAGUGUGAAGUAUGUAAAAGACCACUGGAAGAUCUGAAAGCAGGAGACAGCAUUUGGAUUUACAGACAAACUGUACAUUGUGAGCCUUGUUAUUCCAAAGUUAAAG